AUGGCCACCCGCGCCUCCCGCGCAAAGAAACCGACAAGCUACGCCCUCGACACCGACGCCACCGCCGCCGCCGCCGACACCGCACCCAGCAGCAGCGUCCCCGCGGACGAAGACUCCGACCCCUCCCCCGACUCCGCCGCCUCCGACGACGACGACUCCGACGACUCCGAAGCCUACACCGACGACGAGGACGACGACGCCUACGCCUCCGACGACGACGACGCCUCCGACGGCGGCGGCGGCGCCCCCCCGCGCCGGAAGCGCAAAGCCCGCAGCGGCAACGCCGCACGCAUCCACAAGCCCCACGUCUUCCGCGUCAACCGCGUCACCGGCGCCCCGCCGGGCCUGCGCAGACGUAACCGCCCUGCCGCGGCCGGCGCCGCGGACGUGCCUGGCGCGCUGCGCCCGCCGGACCCGAGCGUCAAGAUUACGUAUCGGCCGGGGUUCAUCAAGAGCACGGGGAAGCGCGAGAGGAUCAUUACGACGUAUGGGCAGAAUAACGAGACGCUGGUGAAGGCGAUUGGCGUAAGGGACGAGUACAUUGGCUUGCCGGCGGUGCCGGAGAGGAGGGGGCUGAGGGUGACGCCGUUUUGGAGGGGGGGGGAGGUGAGGGCGGUGGAGGUGGGGGAGCAGAGGGUGGAGAGUGUGCAGGAGGGGGGGAGGGAGAAAUACCUGCCGGAUGUGCCGGAGGGGGUGUUGAAGUGUAUUGCGGUGGUGUUGAAUGCGGGGGGGCAUGUUACGGGCAUGGAGUGGGCGCCGGAUAGAUCGAAGGGCAGCCAAUACCUCCUCCUCUCCACCAAACACGACAGCACCUUCGCCCCCUCCCCGCCACCCCCCCGCCCGCCCACCGCCGCCCGCGAAACGCCCCCCGCAUUCGAGCGCGCCCCAGGCCCCUCCUGCAUCCAAGUCUGGCGCUUCCCCACCGACGCCACCGGCACCACCUCCUCCGCCCCCCCAAACCUGCAGCUCGCCCUCUGCCACGACUGGGGCUACGCCUCGUGCCUCAAGUUCCACCAGGCCCCCAGAGAGAACGCGGACGAAAGAGACCUCGGCCUCCUCGCCGCCGUGUUUCGCGAUGGCAACAUCAGGGUCAUCCAGGUCCGCCUCCCGGAACAGACAGCGGAGGAGGAAGAAGCGGGCGGUGCUACUGCUUUCGUGAAGGUGACCGUGCCGGCCUACACCCUCUCCCUCGACGCAACCCUCUGCACAACCCUCACCUGGCUCACCCCGCACAGCCUCAUCGCCGGCUGCUCCAACGGCUUCCUCGCCGCCUGGGACCUCACCCGCCACCCGGGCACGCCCUACCUGUACACGCCCAUCCACCAGACCUACAUCGCGGCCAUCGCCUCCUGCUUCCCGAGCUUCCCCACGCACGUCGUCACGGCCUCGCUCGACGGGUACUGCCGCAUCACGAGCCUGCUCGACCCGUACACCGACACGGUGGUGAACAAUCGCAGCAGGAUCGCGCCGACGAGUAUCUGCUGGGUGGACGCGGUGAGCGCCGCGGUCAGCAGCGAGGAGGGGGCGUGGGUCAAGUUUUACCCGCUGAGGAGGUUCUUUUCGGCCACGACGGUGUGUAAGCAUAGUGGCGUGGUGAAUGCGGUGGCGGGGAGUGCGGUGCACGCGUUUUUGGUGAGUGGCGGGAGUGAGGGGGAGUGUGCGUUUAGCAAUCCGGUGAGGAGGACGUUUCAUGGGAAGAUUAAGAACUACCAGCAGACAUGGUUCCAGCUCGAAUACGCGCGCAAGAGCAACAUGUUCCGCAUGAGCGAGGGCUUCAAGCUCGAGGAGUUUGAGACCAAGAGCGAGAAGCUCAAGCGCCGGCAGAACAACACUGCGCUCGUGCACUCGACGGCAUACCCGGAGCAGUCGAAUAUCACGCAGGUGUGCUGGAACCAGAACCUCGUGGCGGGAGGGUGGGCUGCUGCGGGCAUGGCGUGUGGGCUGGUGAGGGUGGAGGAUGUCGCGAUUGACGACUAG